GUUCCCUUUGAGUCCCUUCUUCGGCAAGCAAGCCUUCUGCUUCAAGAAAAGCAACAAGAACUUUUCUCUCUCUCUCCUCUCUCUCUUUUUCUGAGUGCUGAGCAAGGGGGAGAAGAGGAAGAUGACGGACAGCUUCUUCGAAGAGGACCAGUUAGCGUCGAUGCCCAUCGAGGACAUCGUCAGAGCUUCCCGCCUUCUCGACAAUGAGAUCAGGAUCCUCAAGGAUGAGAUGCAAAGAACGAACCUCGAAUUGGACAAUCUUAGGGAUAAGAUCAAGGAGAACCAAGAGAAGAUCAAACUCAACAAACAACUGCCUUACUUGGUGGGAAACAUCGUCGAGAUCCUAGAAAUGAAUCCUGAAGACGAGGCUGAGGAGGAUGGUGCUAAUGUUGAUUUAGACUCACAAAGAAAAGGGAAAUGCGUCGUUUUGAAAACCUCUACACGUCAAACAAUCUUUCUUCCUGUGGUUGGACUUGUAGACCCUGAUAAACUAAAGCCUGGUGAUUUAGUUGGAGUUAAUAAAGAUAGCUACUUAAUAUUGGACACUUUGCCAUCUGAAUAUGAUUCUCGUGUUAAGGCCAUGGAGGUGGAUGAGAAACCGACAGAAGAUUACAAUGACAUAGGAGGACUAGAAAAGCAGAUCCAAGAACUUGUUGAGGCAAUUGUACUGCCUAUGACUCACAAGGAAAGGUUCCAGAAAUUAGGUGUUCGUCCACCCAAGGGUGUUCUUCUCUAUGGACCUCCAGGAACUGGAAAAACACUCAUGGCACGUGCUUGUGCAGCUCAGACAAAUGCUACAUUUCUGAAGCUAGCAGGUCCACAGCUUGUGCAGAUGUUUAUCGGUGAUGGAGCAAAGCUUGUACGUGAUGCAUUUCAGCUUGCAAAAGAGAAGUCUCCUUGUAUUAUAUUUAUAGAUGAAAUUGACGCCAUUGGAACAAAAAGAUUUGACAGUGAGGUCAGUGGGGAUAGAGAAGUGCAGCGUACAAUGUUAGAGUUACUAAAUCAAUUAGAUGGUUUUAGCAGUGAUGAUCGUAUAAAGGUCAUAGCAGCUACUAACAGAGCAGACAUCCUUGAUCCUGCUCUCAUGCGGUCAGGCCGUCUAGAUCGCAAGAUUGAGUUUCCACACCCAUCUGAGGAAGCAAGAGCUCGAAUCUUGCAGAUCCACUCAAGGAAGAUGAACGUUCACCCGGACGUUAAUUUUGAAGAGCUAGCACGUUCAACCGAUGAUUUUAAUGGGGCUCAAUUGAAAGCUGUUUGUGUGGAGGCUGGCAUGUUGGCUCUACGCCGUGAUGCAACUGAGGUUAACCACGAAGAUUUCAAUGAAGGAAUUAUCCAAGUUCAAGCAAAGAAGAAAUCAAGCUUAAAUUACUAUGCCUAGUUCGAGCUUUUGUAUAAUACUUGGAGUUUCAUUGUAGGGUUGCACGCUUUGUCUACGAUUUAAUACAGGCUUUGUUGGUCUGUCUACCAUAAGAAUGUCAAGGUAUUUAUUUUA